AUGACUCAAGUUAGUAUGGAAGUAGUAAAAUCUACUAGGACUCAAACAAAGAAAAAAUCUUUCAAAAAAAUUGAUAAAUACUAAAUUGACAUGUCUCGCCUUAUUGGCGAAAGCUAUACUUCAAAAGUCUACUUAGCUUAUUUAAUAAGCAAUCCUACUUAAGUUUAUGCCUGUAAAAUUAUUGACAAGAAGGAUGUUAUCUCCUUUGAUAACUUAAAAAGAUUAGUAUAAAAAUGGAAAAAAUUUAAUCAUCUUAAUAUCAUACAAGUUUUUGAUUGCUACAUGACUGAUCAUAAUAUAUAUCUUAUAACUGAAUUUUGUUAACAAGGAUACCUUUUCUGUGCCUAAUAAUAAAUGAACUGGAAUUACUAGCAAAUAAUUUCAAUUUCAAACCAAAUUAUUCAAGGAUCUUUGUUCCUUUCUCAGCAAUAAAUUAUUGAUUAGGUGUUAACUCCUGAAAAUAUUUUAUUUUAGAAUGGAACACCUAAGAUUGAUAUCAGCUUUUAGUUGAACUCUAUGGAACUACUUUAAAAAUCGUAUGUACCUCAAAGGUACAAAUUUUCAUCUCCUUAAAUUUACGAAGAAGAUGAAUACUCAAAUAAAUCGAAUGUGUGGAGUAUAGGAAUAAUAUUAUAUUACUAAUUUUAAGGAAGAGAUCCUUUUGAAGAGUAAUUUAUUAAUUUGAUAUAAAGGUUAUAAGCAAUUCAUAAAACUAAGACAAUAUAAUUUUCAUAAAAUAAGCCAGUUUCUGAUGAAAUAAAAAAUUUAAUUAAUAGUAUGCUUUAAUACUAAGAAAGUGAGAGAGCGACUAUGGAGGACAUUUAAAACAAAUUUACAGACAUAGCUAACUUACAUAAUUAAAAUGAAAAGUCAUCUUGA